AUGGUAAAUUACGUAGAUAGGACCGGUUUUUUUAUGAGCCAAGUAAAUCAGAGUUCUAACGUAAAUUCGUCUCCAGAACAGAAAACGGCAGAAAACACACAGCUCAACGCGGAUGCAGACCUGAUUUAUAAAGAGCUCGCAAAAGCACAGUCUAAACUAUCCGAAUUAUCGCAAUUGGCCAAAAAGAGAAGCCUCUACGUGGACAACACAAGCUUAAUAGAGAAUUUAACUUCUGAAAUUAAAUCAAUAAUAACAUACACAUCAAACUCAAUAGAUUCCUUUGAAAAACGCGCAAACACAUACAAAUUCAGAAACAAUGACUCCAAGAAGCAUUACAAUAACAUCAUCUCACAGCUCAGAAACGAGAUAGUUGAAAUAACUAAGAGUUUCAAAGAGACGCUACAUCACAGAGCACAAGUGAUGCUGGAGCAGGAGAACAGGAGGAAGCUCUACUCGAACACGGAACUGUACAACCAAAGCUGGGGAGGAAACAGGCAGAGAUUCAUGCUACAGCAAGAUGUUGAGGCGGAGCAGCUGGACCUAGAAAGCGGCAUCACGGUCAAACCGUCCAGUUCGGUGAUAUCAGACGCACGCGCAGAGGCCCUUGCAAAUGUGCAACGCGCCAUCGGCGACCUAACUCAGAUUUUUCAAAAGGUCACCACGUACGUGGUCCAGCAGGACGAAAUGAUAAACCGCAUCGACUUCGACACUGAAGUUUCCCUCAGCAAUGUGAAAACAGCUAAAAACGAGCUCAUGAAGUACUACCGGAGAAUUUCAUCCAAUCGUGGCCUAGUGAUCAAGAUUAUUCUCCUCGUGGCUGUGUUGGUCGCUAUGUACAUAAUCUUCGUAUUGUAA